AAGAAGAAGAAGAAGAAAAAGAAGAAGAAAAAGAAGAAGAAGAACCUUUAUAUCUCUGAAAUGGACAAGUGUUUUAACUCUUUGCUGUGACAAAUUCAUGUUAGCUAGUGACUUUGUCAUUGGUGGAGUUGUGGACUAGUGAUUAUUUGUGUAAUCUCUGUUGUGUAAUCUUCUAUUUGGUGCCUUCAAACUUUUUGCUUUUGAUGUUCAAUGGAUUUGCAGUCAUUGCUGCCCUUUGAGCAUGUCAAAUUAGAGAAUGUGCAGUUGUUUUUAAGCUAUUCCUUUAUGUCUUUAUGCUGUUAAUUUUAUUAAUGAUGUUUAUGGCUUAUAUUUUUGCAGGAUCUUUUGAGCGAUUUCGUGGAAUUUUUCAUGAAGGAGAAAUUGACAAGCGGGUGCAGUUUUUGAUUGAAGGCCUUUUUGCCAUUAGAAAAGCCAAAUUUCAGGGGUACCCUGCUGUACGUCCAGAGCUGGACCUUGUAGAGCAGGAAGACCAGUUAACACAUGAGAUAUCACUCCAGGAGGACAUAGAUACCAAGAUCACUCUUGGUAUGCUUUGGGACAUUAACUUUCAUUUACCAUUUGAUUAUAUACCCUUUAUAUAGUCCUAAUUAUUUUUU